CCGCUGGCGCUAUCCGAGAUGGUCGAGUCGCUCGAGGGCCAGGCCACUUCCGAAGCCCAGCGGGAGGCGCUCCAGCUGCUCGAGAAGGCCUUCGCCCCGCCCUCUCCCACCGAGCGCCCUGCGCUGGUAGAGGAGGGCGUCCAGAGGGCAGCGGCCGCCGAGCGCGCGGCCAGGCGCUCCCUUGACAAGGCCAUCAAGCAGCUCGCGGAUGCAAGGCAGUGGCUCGCGGAGUGCCAGGCCAAGUCCGACGCUGCAGCGGACGAGCUUGUCCUGGCUGAGGCCAAGCUCGCCAACGAGAAGAAGGCGCUGCAGAAGGGUCCCAUCAGCGCCAUCAACUUGUCCGCGCUGCUGGAGGCGGACUCCGAUGACUUCUACGUCGAGGAUGGCCCACUCUUCGAGUUGGAGGGUCUCGAGGUGUCGUCCGAGCAGCUCCAGCAGUUCGACACGUUCAAGGCAAAGCUGGCGGCCUCAGUGCAGGAGGCGGUGCGCAACCAUUUCGGACCAGGGGCGGAGGCGCUCAAGACCCAGCGGGAGCAACUCGAGGAGCUCAAGGCUCUCCGAACCACCUUCAAGAAGAGGAGGCGUGAGGCCGAGGCUGGGAGCGGCGGCGCUACCACAG